CCAGUACACCUGGGUCACGGUGCAGGCGCUCGGCAAGGAACUCAGCGUCUCAUCCUUCCUUGGCCACCUCUAGGAGGCUGUGGCAAAGUUUGGGUCGGUGAACCGAAGCUAGAUCCAUGUGACCCUGAAGCCAGAGAAGUGAACUUGAAAAGAAUCCGGCUUUCCAGAACGUUAGAGGCUUCGCUGUUUUUCAAGCUGACGGUUGGGAGCCGCGCGCUUAACGGUCACUGGUGCCCGGGAUCGUGGAGGCACUUAGGGUUCUAAUCGCGGGCGCGCGCGGGAUCUGGACGCGUCGGUUGCUAUCCGACUCUCGCCGGCUGAAAACAAGGGGGAUUCCGGCAUUUAAAGCCGAGGAGGUUCCGCGUGCGGGAUUACGGCUCUACCGAGUUUAGCCAAGAAUCCACAGGCUUUCCAGGCGCGCACACUUCUCAGAGUACAUGCAAAUACUUCAGUUAGCCGAGGUCCCCGUUAUCCUGCCCUUUAGAGGGAGGUAGUUCUGCUUAGGAAUCUCGCCCAAGGGGACUUUCCACCGAACACGUUUCGAAGUGCCCUUAAUAUGCCCGGGUUCAGACAGGUGCAGAGUCUUUCCUGCGGCCUCAGCUCGGCCUCUCCUGUCCAAAAACGGCUGCUUAAAGGUUGGAAGCGUUUAGGUCACUAGUGCAAGAGGGAGCCAGUCUGGAAGGAAUCACUGUGCAGACCCCCGAUGCCCGAAGACUGCCUUUCUAAAAGCUAAGGUCCCGCGCGCCCCUCGCUGCGAGCAGCGCUAGCGGCCGGCGCCCAACCAGCGCUCUUGCCGGGUCUGUGACGACGUUUGGCCCCGCCCCCUACACUGAUAAAAGGCCUCCGCGAAGAGGGCACCCUGGAGCACCGCGCUCGCUCCUGUGCUUCUGUACUGCACCGACCCUAGGUGCCCUUCUUUGCUUGCUUCUAGCAGCGCGGGUCUCACUGUCCCCGCGGGCAGCCGCUGCCAGUUCCUCUUCCUCCUCAGUCCCCUGUGUGGUGCGACCAAGCCAAUCUGCAGGCUUCUCCCCCUUCCUUUUUCCUCUCCCUCCCUCCUCAGCAGCCGCGGUCCCCUGCGGCACUGGGCCGCUGGCCCGCAGGAUGAAGAACCCAAUGCUCCAGGCAGUGUCCCUACUGCUGGAGAAGCUGUUCCUCUUCUCCAACUUCAAGCUCUUCAGUUCGGGCGCCCCGAGCGAAGACAAGGCGAGGAACAGUGUCUAUGAGAUCAAUUCUUUUCACCGCGGAGACGUGCUGGAGGUGCCCCGGUUCCACCUGACCCACUAUGGCAUCUACCUGGGCGACAACCGAGUCGCCCACAUGAUGCCCGACAUCCUAUUGGUCCUGACGGCCGACAAGGGGCUCACGCAGACGGUGGUCUCCAACAAGCGUCUCAUCCUCGGUGUUAUUAGCAGGGUGGCCAGCAUCCGCGUGGACACAGUGGAGGACUUCGCCUACGGAGCCAAAAUCCUAGUCAAUCACCUGGACAACACCCUCAAGAAGAAGGCGCUGCCCAAUGAAGAGGUCGCAGAGAGGGCAGAGGAGCGGCUGGGUUUCACUAGCUACAGUCUACUGUGGAACAACUGCGAGCACUUCGUGACCUAUUGUAGAUUUGGCACCGCGAUCAGCCCCCAGGCAGACAAGUUUUGUGAGUUAUUGAAGAUAAUUAUUCGUGAUCAAAGAAGUAUUCUUGCUUCAGCAGUCUUGGGAUUGGCAUCUAUAGUCUAUCUGGGCUUGACAUCAUAUACCGCCCUUCCUGCAAUUUUUAUUCCAUUAUGCUUAUGGCUGGCUGGCUAACUUCACAUCCUCUGGUCAGUAUGUGUAUUCUCUGUGUGAAAGUUGAUAUUUAUAGAGCACAAAUCAGUAUGUGUUGUUGUCGUCGAAAAUGUUCCCUGUAACACUGUCAGGAUGAAAAUGUGAUUAAGAAGCACAGGAAGUGCUUACUGUAUAAGCCCAAGAACAAAGGCUUUCUGGUCUUCCUCAGGCAGUUCCAUUUCAAAGCACUGGGAACAUGACAACUUGUGAUAGAAUUCAUCAUUUCAAGAAAACCAGCCCCCAAGAUGAUGGCCACAGGAGAUUAUUUGCGUUAGUUUUUCUCCUGUAAUCGUUGAUCUUCUCCGUUAGGCCUGCAUUUGAAGACUGGAAGACUUACUGAAUGAGAUCACUAACUUUAUUGUAAAUUUGUCUUGUUUCAUUGUAAAACUUAUAUUAAACUGAAAGAAUUUCUCAUGUUCAGAUGACAACAUGUUUGAUGAUUGGCCAAAAAUAUUUGCAACCUCUUUUUUCAUGUAUCAUAUAUAAUUCUCAACGAGUCAAGAAUAUUUUCAUUACUUGAAACCAGAUUGACAAAGUUAUGGUUUAAUGGUUAAUUUACUGACCGGCAAUAUAGAAAUCUGUUUUCCUGCAGAAAUGGCUACUAUAGCAUCAGUUGAACAAUUUGAUUUGGCUUUACUUAAUAGGAAGCCUGGCAUUCAUUUUUUUUUUCCUUUUAUGUGUCACUGUGGUUACUUUAAACCACUCUGAGAAGUAAAUGGAUAUUGGACUGAAGUAAUUUGGGUACAUGGAGUGUGUAUGUGCCAAUUAAAUAUGCAGAUACUCACAUACACUCAGAUUGAUGAGAAACAAAUUGUUUGUUCUUGAUUGCUUGAUUAUCAUACCAGUGUGGUUAUUAUAGAGCAUUUGUAGAAGUGAAUGUUAAAGCAAGUUUAAUUCACUUUCUUAAGCCCUUGCCUGUGGUGUAACUUGCAUAUAUGUCAUUGGAUGGUUUAACUUUCAUAGCAGUAAAUAACGUACUGUACAAUUUUUAAAAAGCCCUCAGAUUUGUUUUCUAGUCAGUUUUCUCCAUUUCAUUGCCAAGUAAGCUUCUAUCCUCAAAAGAAGGAUGCCACAGUAGUAUAUAAACUCCAAAUAAGUAGGACCAAAGGAAAUAACUGUCAGAAAUAAUUUUUAAGGUCUUAGUACUGCCAGGCUUGUAAAUUGACUACACCGAGGCUGUUUUAACAUCAGAGUUGAGAUGUAGCAGUGUUAAAGCAAACAUUCAAGUACUUUUCCAAAAUUCUAAAAUUAAGCCACAAUCUAGACUUGUAUUUCAAGUAUUAAAGUUACUUUAUAAACUAUCAAGAAUAACAAAAUAAUGAGUGACAUAAUGGGUGGUAUGAGGAGGGUGGGGUCAGUCACUCAGUGAUCCAACCAGAACAAAUUUAAAAGCAGAUUUUAGUAACUGAUGUUUUGUCACCACUCAUUUACCCACAACAAAUUCAGUUGGAGUUUAAUAAUUAAGCUUUUUGUUCAGUCAUUUAAAUGAAAACAUGAAAUGGCAACACCACAGCAUAAUGUUGUUCUAUGGGUCUACUCCAAUGACUUAAAAUUAUUUUAACUAUGUGUAUACAUAAAAAUAACGACUAUGAUAAAUCCAUUUUAUUAGUGUUUUUUUCACUUAUAGAAAUUGUUUAAGCAAUUUUUAAAAAAUAUGGUGUCCUCCUAAAUAACACCUUUUUGCAGACUUUAGUAUUGCAGAUAGCAAAAACCAGUUUGAUGUUAAAUCUGUGUUCAAAGAUAAUGAUGCCAAGGGAAGUAUUAAUACUUACGGUUAAAAUUAACAUAAUUAGUAUCGACUCACUUCAUAUUUUUAAAGCAAGAUUAAAUUAAUCAUUUGUUUGCAUGCUCACUAUAUGCCAGGCACUGACCUGUUGCAAUUUCAUGGUCUAGAAUUAUCUUUUAACUACAUAGUAAAGUGUAUACAGUACUAUGGGAAUACAGGGGAAGAAGACAUUAAAUUGUCAGAGAACUCUCUCUGAAGGAGGCGCUGCUAGCAUUAAGCUGAGAAAUAGCAAGAGGUGAUCUUAUCAUACUGAUGUGGUAUUCCACUACUUAUGGGAAGAGAGAACUGGAAGGAAGAUUUUACUUACUAAAUGUUCCACAAUACUAGGGUUUUUUGAACUUAGGAGAAGAGGAGAGUUUUUGUUUCGUUGUGCUCAGUUUGCUUAGUUGCUUACCUAGCUAGAACAAGAUGUAAAUAUCCCUGAUUGUGGUUGUGGAAGAAACCCUGAGCCAUUAAUAUGUCUCGAAUGAAUUUCAAGGCUGAACUUCAUCAGUUAGGAGUCAUCCUUAUGAUCCUUUAAGUACCUUAUAUUUUUAAGCUUAUAACUUGUGAAAUGACAAUCAAGUAGUAUCUGAUGCAGUGUUUUGUUGAGUAUUUUGUUUUAUUGCCAUACCUAGAUGAAGGCUAAGAUGGGUCUAAGAUGAAACAAUGCAAGAGUCAGGUACUGUGCAGGUGUUAGGGAUGAAAAAGUGAAUGAGACAUGGACCUUUUCCUCAAAGUUUAUAUCCACAUGGAUGUAGAAGUAUUAAGACAUUAUGCAAUAGAGCUAAUUGAAGGCAUGAAAAAAAAGUGGUUGGUUCUAACUUAACAGGACAAAAUUAAAGGGACUGAGACUUGGCAAAAUGAGGUGUUUUCCGGGGCGGGGGGCGCAGAUUUGGGCAGGACAUUCGACACAAUGGGAACGACAUGAGCAAAUGCGUGAAAACUGCCCACAAGUGCCUGGCACAUAAGUGCAAGGCACCUACUGUUCGUUGAUUGAAAGCAUGAAACUCUGUUGGGCAUCCAGGCAAAUGCAAGUGGUUCAGAGGCUAGAGCAGAGCAAGCUGAUGAGGAGAGAUAUCGGAAAAGGAAAGCAGCGGUCAUGUGAUGCAAGUCUUGUGUAGACCAAGAAGUGUGCACUUAAUGAACAGGCGAUGGAGAUUUGGGGUUCAGAAAGGCUAACUCCCAAAAGUAGGGAGGAAGGGUGGGGACAUGGGGCAAGACAGAAUAAGGGGAUCUAGUACCUCACUAGUUAUGGUCCUCAGUCUCUCAAAACAGGAUCUGUAAUUGUGAGUGUGGAGCGCAGACAUGUCAAGGAAGUGUCAAAAGACUUUAGCCAAAUCCUUAUGUGUGAGUAACUCUUGGUGGGGUGUCAGGGAGGAGUCAUUCAUCUUCUUUGCUGCCAGCAAGUUGGUUUCUGAAAAAUAAGUGACUAUGGCGACUGUGUAUAUUGGAUACUCCAUAUCUUUGUUCUGCUAGAUAUAUUUCUUUCUAAGGACAAGCAAAUAAGUAAGGUUUUCUUGUUUAAAAAAGAUUAUUUUUCAGAAUAUAUAUUUCUUAGUUUUCCAUUUUAUAUUUCAUACUAUUACUGUCAAAUAGAAAAAAAAUGUUUUUCCAGCAAUAUCACAGUUAUACCAAUGGCAAAGCUCUUUUGUCAUAGAUGAGAAGCAUAUAAGAAGUGAUAGUUGCCAAUCUUCUGUUUUAUAUGAUUUAUUUAGAGAAUUUUACCGAACCAAGAUCUGUUAGCUCAACUAAUUUUAUAUUUGGUAUAC